CCUUUGCAAGGCCCGCCACGGCGGAACUGGUAGAGGCUUUGCUGCGGAUACGGGGCCGGAACAAUGAACGAGACAUGGAUUCUUAGUGAUUGUCCGUACGCAUGACGCGCUAUAGGCCAUGCUUCCGGCAGGUCGUGUAGCUCCAUAACCUACUGAGUAAGAAGGUGUUUGAUACUGGUCUUGCAUCGCCAUCCUAGCAUUGGGCAUGUUUCAGGUUGCCGCAAACCAGACCCUUAACGCUUUUGCUCGUCGUGUUUACUUGACACACCGAGCAUUUACUCCACUUUCCUUUUACCGUUGUAACUCUAAGCUUAGCAGAGCUGAAGCAUAUUCACCCAGAGCACACAUUCGACAGCCAAAUAUCGCAAACGCGAAGGAGGAAGGGAAAGAAGCUAUGAAGCGGCGAGGGAAUGAAGAUAUGACUACACGUAUAAGCAGGGACAUGAGCCGAUUACUGCGGCACAAUCCUCCGCCAGGUGCAAUGGAUGCUGCCGGUUGGGUGAGCUUACCAGUACUCCUUCGGCACCUCCGGCAUCACCCAACCGAGGAUCAAGUGCGACAAGUAGUAGCAUCUUGUCAGAAGAAGCGCUUUGUUCUUGACGAUACGGUGUCGCCACCCCGUAUCCGAGCUGCGCAAGGGCACACUGUGGAGCUGGCUGAGGCUAUCCUAGAGCCCGUUGGGGAGGCAAGCUCGGUGCCUGUAGCCGUGCACAUCACUAGCGUCUCCAGCUGGGAAGCCAUCCAAGGCUCGGGGCAGCUGCUGCGCAUGAAGCGCACGCACAUCCACUUCGCCACACAGCCGCACCACCUUCGGAAGAACAAAUGGGCGGAGGUGCUGCUGCGGCUAGACCUGGAGGCUGCCAUGGCGCAGGGGCUCAAGUUCUUCCUUUCCAGCAACGGAGUGCUCCUGUGCGAGGGACCUGUUCCUGUGGAUGUGGUCCGGAAAGUGGAGUUGGAGGACCUCCCAGAAGACUGGCACCAAGACAAGGACACUCAGGCCAAGGCAUGAGGAAUGCAAUGUGCCAGAACACAGCAACGGCUCAGAGCUUGUACAGCUGUCGUACGCGUGUUACUCUUUACAUGGGAUUCGCCCUCUUAAGUCUGCAUGCGCACUACAGCACGAGCCGGCAUGGUCGUGAACAUGGGGUACGGAAAACCCGGCGUAAAGCCAGUUCAAU